UUAUUUAUUUAAUUAUAUGUAUAUAAUUCGAUGGAUCAAUUUCUGGUAUCAGUAUCUUCAACUUUGGAUCUUAACGUCAAGCUUUUAAAUCCGGAUUAUUUCGUCAUGAUUAUUGGAUUGUUGAUUGAUUGAAGGCCCCAAUUGUCUUGCCUACAAUAGAAACUAGCCAUGAAUUCCCCCAACCCAAGAGGAGUACCUCCCAGGCAUACAUAAUUUUGAUGACUUCCCUUUUCUCUGGGCUUCCACAGUCGAUCUCCUUAGCUAUGAUGAGGAAAUCCUGCAAAAUUUCAAUGUACUUGUGCCCCCCAUAAAUAAAAGCCCCAACUAAGCAAAUUUCAAACUUUUUCUCUGUGCUUGAGCCAUGUACCCCGUAAGUGUUUUAAUUCAUAAAUCAGGUUACACGUGAAUGCGAUUGGAGAUGGGGCAGGGCUCCUGUGCUGGAAAUUUGUAUUUGGUCUGGAUGUAUUAAAAAUGAAUAAAUAAAAUCCCAAUUCUUGUUGGAGAAAAGGUAAGUAGAUAACAGUCAACUGACCGCAAAACAGACCUCUCCUCCUCUUCCGUCGCUGCAGCAGCAUAUGGUAGACCGUAGACCAAACAAGAAAGCCGUGACUCAUCACAUAAGUCCAAAUCCAUUGAACCCCACCACCCCCUAACCACACCUCCCAGGCAGCCAGGCUUCCACCAUUUCCCCUCAUUUAUCCACAAAAUCCCACGCCACCCCACCCACAGGUGCAUCUUAGAAGCUUCAGAUCCCAAGACAUCCAUGGAUCCCACACGCAAAAAGCACCCCAAAUCCUCCUCCACCCCCUCCUCCACCUCUGCUCUCUCAGAUCCCUCUGCCCACAAAAUCUCAAACCACUUCUCCCGGCACAAACUCCACACUACCCUCAAUGCCAAGAAUCCGCCGCCUCGUGUGGACACCCGUUUGCAGGCUAAGGCCAUGACAGUUUCCCUCAUAGGUGCUGACUCCUCCAAUGCUUUUAUCAUCAAGCCAAACCGCAAGCACGCAGCGCCUGCAGCAAAAAUGGAUGCACCACCCCCAGCUGAAAGCAAGGAGAGGCUGAAGAAGUCUCCAGUGAAGAAGGAAAAGGAGAAGAAAGAAUCUCAGGACAGGCGCGAUAUCAAGAAACUGUCCUCUAAAGAAGUCAAUGAUAUCAACAAAGUAUUGAAAGUAGCCAAAGAAAAAGAAUCUCUACAGGGACAUGGACAUGAUAUCAUGAGGCGGCCUUCUUUUUCGCUUGGCAGGAGAAGAUCUUUCUGCAGCUCACAAGUUGAGUUAGCUGGUUUCUUGGCCAGCACUGGGGUGAAAGUUGUGUCUGUUGACAUGCCACCCUUUAUGCAGAUCCAUGCUGUGGAUUGUGCAAGGAAUGCUUAUGACAGCUUGGAGAAGUUCACUUCCAAGACCCUUGCCAUGACUCUAAAGAAGGAAUUUGAUGGGGUAUAUGGACCAGCAUGGCAUUGUAUUGUUGGGACAAGCUUUGGGUCCUUUGUAACACAUUCAGUUGGAGGGUUUAUGUAUUUCGCAAUGGAUCACAAGUUGUAUAUCCUCUUGUUUAAGACCGCUGUACAGAGAGCAGAUUGAGGUGGACAACUUGGAAGCUAAGAUCUCACAGCUUUCUGGUAUAGAAAAAUUUUGACAACCAAGAGCCAAGCAAGCGCUAGUGCUGUCUCCUCUGCAGCUUGUACAUGGUUUUUCUCAGGAAUGCAUAGGAGACUUCUUUCUUUCCAUUGUUCUCUUGUCAUCAAAAGAAACCUUUUUGAGUUGUAUACUUUCAGGGUUUAGAUAUAUAAUAUAAUAACCCAUUUACUACCAGCCCCUAUGCAUUAUGCAAUUAGAUCAUCUUUCAACUUUCUAGUUUUUUUUUCCUCUUUACUUGAUUGAAAUAUAUGCACUGUACAACUUGAAUGCUCA